AGGACCUGAAGCAUGUUUCUUCACCAAGAAUUCACAGUAUUUUGCAUGCAAAGUCGUAUUUAGCUAUAGGGAAGUACGUUGUAUCAGGAACUGUAGGUCAUGUAUCUCUAUUGAAAUCAAAAGUUCUUUUAUCUCAGAAGCCAAAAACCUUGAGAUUGUGUACCUACUACAAACAAUAUCCAUGACACGGCAUCGACAGUUUUGAGGAAUUGAGGUGGAUGGGCGCAAAGGAGCGCGCGAAGGAUCGCCCACGAGCGGCGCUCCUGCUCGCUGGCGUCCUCGUGGCAGCUCCGGACACUUCGUGGCUUUUUUCACAACGAACGCCCUCUAGCAGUAGCUCAAGUUGGCAAAGCGGAAGUUCGUCUACAAAGGGAGCAGCUUCUUGCAGUAGCCAGGGUCGCAUAUUAGCAAAGAGAGCUGCAGAAUCGGGAGACAGGAGGCGGAAAAAUGAUAGUAGACAGCACAAAUGUAAUACUAGGACUGGUGGAAGAAAUUGUAGUAGCACUAGUAGGGACGAGGAAGGAGGGCGGUUGUGGGGAAGUAUGCAUGGAGAUGAUGUAGGCGGGGAAGAAAAUGUUAGAACUAGUACAAGAAAUCAUCGUCCACGUGGAGAGUCGUGUGGUUCAGAGACAUGUACUAGGCCGGACGCAGAAGAUGAAGAGUCUAGCAGGCUACGGCGAACUAGACUCGAAGGUGAUGCAACUUGGGGGCAGUGGUUAGGAAGCAGGUUACUCCACCUGUUUGAUGCAAGUGCUGAAGGGACAGGCUCAUCAAUAGAAGAUGAGAUUGCGAUGGGCACUAGCCGUAGUCAGUUCGGCGGAAUAGUAUUCGCCGCUGCACAGAGCGCCCCUGAGCGGCUAGUAGACGAACCGCUGAAGCCGCCCUCGGAAAUACAGCGGGAAAUAGCGGAGGCGAACGAUGUCGAAGCAAGUCGAGGUGCGGCAGCAGAAGUAGAGCACAGCACUGGUCCUAACGGCGAACAAGCGGAGCGACAGACCUUAGUCGGAGAGGAGAAAACUGCCAGAACGAGGCGUCUUGCAGAGCAGCAACGACCAGAGGACAAGGGAAAGCAGGCGGCAGAACGCAGCACGGCAACGUCAGGUGGAACGGCGCACCAAAAGAAGACUGGCAAGAAACACCGUAAAUUGGGACCGGACGAGAACGAGCUCGAGGUGCUAGAACCGACAGUAUCAGACGCACCUCGCGUGGAAAUACCGUCAACACCGGUAGUAGACGGCACACCCGAUUUCGAGAUAGUGAGUACUGGAGGUGAGUCGAUCCCUCGCAUGCUUGAGCGCUCACCUCUAGCGAUAGAAGACGAGACGAUCAUGCAUAUACGGGACCCGACUGCUCGUACGAGUCAGGCUUUCCAGCAAUACAAAAAACAGGUGAGUUGUACGUGUUAGCAGAUGUUGUAGACAGUUAUCGAUGUCGAUUAUCGCUAGAAGAAGGAUGAUGUAAAGAAUGUUAAUUUUUCACAGUCUCGCAACAUUUAUUACGCCAAAUCAAAAAGAUUAUAAGAUCAUGCAUCUAUGUAUAAGUGCUUCUCUAUCUUCUUUCCUUAAACAGCGGGAGCCACUGGAGCGUGCAGCCCGUGAGCGCCGCUUGCGACAGCAUAUGAGAGAUAGCGACAGAUCAGCGAAAGACGGUUUUGCUGAAGAUCAAGAGGACUUCGAAUCCACUGAAGAUUUAGUCGAAACCACGUUGAAUGACGACCCCGCAUAUGAAGACAUUACUUUUGGUGACGGUUCCGCUCUACGCUUUCCAAAACACGAGCCAAGAGCGAAGCGCAUGCUGAGUGAGGUACUAGAGGAUGGAUAUGCGAUUUGUACUCGUGUGGAAAGUCGUCUGUCUUUUGAAUACCUGCUAUUAUCGGUAUUAGAAUUUAAGAAUAAAGAUAAGAUGCCACCACUACCACAGACUACCACAGACGAGUAUGCUCAUAGUCUGACAGAGUAUGUGAACAAUGUGUAACGAACCAAAUUUCCAACUCCCAGAUCCGUUCUGCUUUGCCUGACCGCAGCCCUAACUGGCGUAAUGUGACUCACGUCCCUCGGAAAGUGGUGGACUUGGAGGACUACAGUACGAGACAUAUCGACACCAGCGACAGACGGUAUCGAAAAAGCAAGUUCAGCCAUGCGCGUCGUGCGCUGCAAAUGCCAGGUGGCCUGGGAACCGACAACACUUUUACCACAAUGAUCUACCGGAAUCCAGAGCAGUGCGAACGAAACGCUUGUAUCCCUAACUCCGAGACUAACUGCAAGGACCACUUGCCCGGGUACUGCAGUGAGUGUUGUUUGAAGAUAGGACGAGAAGAUCACAAGAUUUGUAAUCGCUCUUACUGAGCCGUGGUUGUGCUAAGAAAUGUUCACUGUGAAGCAGAUUAGAAAUACGUCUCAGAUUUUGUUUCGUCGAUGUUCUGUUUUCCAUUCUCGAUUUGGGUGUGAGAUUAGUUAUUACUUACUCCACACACUCACUCUCACUCACACUUAGAAGGUACUAAGCCACGAAGGUUGACGCCCGUCGCCUCAGGGACUUGAUGGAAGUCCUCACUACAUUCCCACUCCAUAGAAAUACUGGUCUUAGAAAGUCCUAGGCUCAUCUUAUUUAUUAAUACUUACUCAUAACCUAGGCAAACGAAUACAACGACCUAAAAAGGUUCUAUCUCAAGGAGCGAGGCUGUGCUAAGGCUGCAGACGGAGGAACACAGAUUUGUACCGACUGCCAGUAUCCAGCUGGACUGGGGCAACCGACGAUUUGUCAAUGCGAGAAGGUGCCUUUUAGUACCAUUGUUCGGUACAACGAGGCGUGUGACAGCUCCAGGUACCACAAUUUCGACGUGUUGAUUGCCGCGGGAAGCAGAAGUAGAUGAACUUUUGUUAUCCAGACAGGUUCUGGCUACAGACAUUUCCAUGUUGGGUGUUUUAACUAGGAGUACCAUCUCCUCAAUACAGCUUUUCUACUCAAAACCUCAACCUCCUUGCUUCAUCAACUAACCACAUAUAACUUCAUUAUCUAUCACUCUAGUUUUCAUGUUGAAUAUAACAGAGUAUGCGAACGAGGGGAGUGUUUUCGACCGUGCGAGUUCUUUCUGCAUGUUUCAACGUGUCCGCUCGAGCGUUGCAUGUGGAAUACUACGGCUCUCAAUUGCGUAGACAUUCCGGACUCUCUGGUCUAUCUCGAAUGGGCUCCGUUAGUCGCAGGCGCAGAGGCAACUGAGGGCGUGCGGGGUCCGAUCAUUCUUCAAGCACUUUCGCCAACGAUAUUCCCUCUCACCUUCGACAAGUUCGUCCACAUGGCAAGCACCUACUUGAUAAAGGGAAGACCGAUUACCGACUAUGUCACGCUGGUAUUUGAUUGACAAACUUAGGUAGAUUAGUUAUGGCUUUUCUUGAUAGUAAGAUAAAACAGACGGUUUAUUGGUCUUGAGCGUGGAUAAGGAUUACACAGCGCUGGAUGGUGAAAACUUGACAUUGUUUGAGUGCGCAAUAUGUUGGGAUCAGCUUGGUCCCAGAGAAAAAACAAUUUGAAUUUUCAAUCCAAAAUUAUCUUGCUAGGUCGAGUUUUUCCAACGCUUGGAGCUCAAUUUCGAUGGUUUUUUGACUGCAGCCGAAGUGGAUUCGAAGUUGACAAAAACCUUGAUGGAGUUGGAAGCGGAGGCUGAAAGAAAGGAGCAAGAACGAACAGUGGAGCAGCUCACAAGCCUUCAAAACGCCCGUCAACUGCAAAUCGUUGGCAACGUCGCAGCACAUCAACAACAAUCGAUUAGUCCCGACAGCUGUCUACAGGAGGUACUUGAUACAGUUUUGCUUUCUGGCUCUUUGUGGAAAUGAAUUCUGGAUGUACUUAUGUUAAUGUGGCUGCAUUGAAUGAGAUGGAUACAAGUUGAACAUCCAUCGAUCUUCACAGGUCCCGCCCCAAUUUUACUGUUCUAUUUUGGUCAUGUGCGUCGCGGAUUGUUCGAUGUGUGGUUGGAAAAGCGUAGGGGAUACAGAAUUCUUCAUUUGCGUGGCACCGAGUCCAACCUCCUGUCGUGAGGCUGGCCAGAAAUACUGCGGAGCCGACGAGAAGUGCCACACCUUGUGCGCAGACUGCGUAGGCCGACCCAUCUUAGAUUAUUCCCAGAAUGCAUGUCUCUCGCCUUGGUGGUACUGUGGAUGGUUUAUUUGGAUGAAACUCUCCAUCGUUCUUAUUGUAGCCAUACACUCGUACUUAAGGAUUUAGAUAUGAUAGAUACCACGAGGUUUAAGUUAACGGCAUGAGGUUGAAGUAAAGAGUCACAUGUGAACAAAUUGUCGACCAAUGUUAAGGUACUCAACACCAUCCAUGGAUACUUCCACUUGGAUUUGUCGGCAUCGCAGGAAAGUAGGUCGUUCCUGCAUUCACGACCAAGACUGCAUCUAUGGGUUGCACAAGUGCCUAGCCGCGCGGACCACAGCCGGCACAGUACCAUCUAUGUAUAUUUCUAAGCGCUUCAUCUUCAUCAGUACAUCAAGGGUUACUGAGUGACAAUACCUUACUCAAUUUUAGAAGAAAUCCGUCAAUGUCAUUGGCGUUGUACAUCUCUGGCGCAGUGGAUGUUGACUCUACCGGUUUCCGCUACUAAAUGGAUGCACUACUUGCUAGGUGAUGUCGGAGGUCUGUACCAUUGUCAUUUUCAUUUCCGAAAAUAUCACCACACAGAAACGGCAAUGCAUGCCUCUCAGACCCUACGAGGAAACGCAUAUCUGCAAGUCGCAUUUAGACUGUCCUCAUGUCGACUACUUCUGCCCUGACGACCCGACAGGAAAUGAUCCAUUCUGGAUCAAAUAUUGCCGUAUGCAGUUGGGCGAAGGUACUUGUUGAGUGGUGUGCUACGUCAUGUUAUGCUCCACCGACCUGAAUAAAUACUGAGUAGGACCUAGCAGACUGACGCAUCACAUCAUAGCUAGUAUCUUCAUACGCGUAGUUCAUCUAAUGACGAUAGUCGUUGUAAUAGACCUCCAAUCAACAUCCGCUUCAACGUGUGAAAGACUCUGUUUGAAUUUUUUGAAAUCAGGGCGUAAAUGCACAUCGGAUUUGGAAUGCCAGAGUGAUAUGCUGUGCAAUACUAUCGAGGUUCCUGCUCCCCGUUGUCGUCGAUUGUUUUCCAUGCCCCUUGGCUGGCGAGCAAAGGAGGACCGGCUGUGCGUGACCGGCUGGACGAACAAGAACCGGGUCUGCACGUACCCGGCCAAGAGUAAGCGCGUGGGCCUCGCUUGUACCAGCAAUGCGGACUGCACCACCACAGAUCCGACGGGCCGGACCGGAACGUGUUACUGCAAGGACUGGUGGGAAGACAAGAACUCAAAAUACUGUCUUCCAGUAGCCGGCGACAUGCUCAAUCAUCUACAGGCGGUGAGGGAUCUGGAAUUUUUCAAAUUAUGAUGAACUGAGUAGAAGUUUGCUGGCAUCUUCUCACUUUCUGGUCAUGUGACAAAUUGGAAUUACUGAGCCAUAGUUAGCUUCAAAGUUUCACAAGGGACUGUUUUGUACCGCCACUUGGCUAGUGCAACUAUAUAGGACACCAUGAUGAUAAUUACGAGGGACUCCUUUAGCAACUUUAUUGCGAACUCCAAUUCGUGCAACGUCAUGCGGCAAGUUUUAUACGGAUGAAGAGUGUUUGGAGGAGUAUACGGCAAGCAUGGUUCCGCUUCGCGACCGAGUGGAAGGCGAGACGCAGUGUCUUUCCAGUGGACCAUACCUCCCGGCAACUAGCUGCAACCUCGUUAUGUUGAAAACAUAUUGACUAAUAAAUACUUCUUCCUCAAGUUUUUUCACAUAGAAUCAAUUGAGGAUUCCUGCGGUGGAUAUUCAUGAUUUCUGGGUGGACAUUUUUUGUCUACGACCUGUUGUUGUAUACUGCUUAAUGAAAAUUUUUAGUAGUCCUCAUGAUCAAGAGUCAAAAAUCAAAAGGGGCUUGUCACUUGUCGCUAGGACAGUGUGUCAGUCAGUCUCUAAUAUGAGCGACGGUGGAGGCAAGUACAUCGACUACUGUCUCAGGAGUGGGCAGCAUAGCGUGAAGGACGAGUUCUCAAAGGUGGGAUUGCUCUCUGGCAGUGCCUUUAGCAAGGGUCCAACCGCACUUGUGGUCUUAUUUUCGAUAGUUGCGGCCAUGCUACCUUUCUCGACAGCAUCUCGUGGCCCGUCGCGUGUUUAAUGGCUUUUACAAUUAUGCACAUGCUGUUGACUUAUAACAUGUAUAGAUCAACAUAUCACAUCACCUCCAUUGUUUUGUCGUGUAAGUACCGUGUCCCUGUAUUGUUUAAGUAGUGUUUCUUCCCGCCAAAAGUCGGCAAUGAAAGGCAUGCUGCCAUCGAUGAAGAGGUCCGAGGCAGUGACUCAUGCUGUGAACUUAGAUUUGUUUUAGUCAGAAGUAUCGAACUGGAACUGCUUUUUAGUCGCCGCUAAUAGGUUUGACAUAGAACACCCAUUUUGCAUUUGCUACUACACUAAAAAUGUUUGCUCAGAUUAGAUCCAUCUUGAGAACAAAAUUAACGCGAUCUGUUAUCCCCAAAGUACGGCACAUAUCCUCCCUGCCUGGAUGUCCUCGAAGACUAUUCCCACUUUGAAUUCGUUUGUUGAACCACCACAUUGAGUCGAUUGACGCGAAGAUAUAUAGUCACAACAACAUUUCUUCAAACUGGUUUGCGUUGUCUACCAGUUUUGGGUAUUUGGAAGUAGAGCAUGACUUUCCAAACAGAUGAUCGAGCAAGAGAAUUUUGGCAUAUCUUUCUAGAAAUGUACGAAU